AUGAGCUUGGUUGUGAGGAACCUGCAGCGGGCGGUGCCCCUGAGGCGGGCGCGGCUCCGCGAGAAUGUGCAGGCGGUGCGGAGAGCACUGGGGGUGCAGAGGUUCGACCUGGGGGUCAUCUGUGUCGACAACAGAAAGAUUCAGCAGAUUAAUAGAAUCUACAGAGACAAAAACACCCCAACAGAUGUGCUUUCCUUUGCGUUUCACGAGAAUCUGAAAGCAGGCGAAAUUCCCCAGCCUGAUUUUCCAGAUGACUAUAAUUUAGGAGACAUCUUCCUGGGAGUGGAGUAUAUCUUCCAGCACUGCAAAGAAAAUGAAGAUUACUAUGACAUCCUGACUGUGACUGCCACCCACGGGCUCUGUCACCUGCUGGGCUUCACACACAGCACGGAGGCCGAGUGGCGGAAGAUGUACCAGAAGGAGAAGCAGGUUCUCGAGGAGCUGAGCAGGCACACAGGGACCAGGCUUCAGCCCCUGAUCAGGGACCUCUUCUGA